AUGGACCAGUUGCAGAACACGAUCACGACGCUCAACCUUUUUGGAUCCAAGAUGUGUGGAGUGGACGAUGUGUUGCACCAGUACCUGUGUUCAUCCCCACAUCUUCAGCACCUCAGGGCACCCGACACUAUCUACUUGUGCAAGCCAACCAGGGAUCUGGCAAUGUCGCAAAUUGCAAUCUUCCACAUGGGCUUCCACACCCUCGACCAAGUCACGAGUGCCUUCUCGACCCCUCAGCACGCACAAAUCCUCUUUGGCUAUAUAUCCUUUGUCUGCCCCAACCUCGAGGAUCUAUUUAUCCAUGGAACUGAGGGGCUGGAGACGUCCUGGAGCGGAGCUAGAACCGGGGCUGUGCUUGUUGACAAGGUUGAGGUUUUUAAGAGUGUUGAAGGUGGGGAAGGCGUGGACGCCGAUGUCGAGUCGGACAACAACAGCAAUAACAACAGUACUAACCAUAACAGCGACAGGAAUGUACCGACGGGCGCGAAACCAGGGUCAGAAACAAGAGUCGAGGAUGAGGCCGAUACAAAGCUGAAGGAGGCAUUGAAAGAUUUAGGCAAGUUCACGGAUGUAAAGAAUGCGAUUGAGGGGAUGGAUGCGGCAGAGGGGUUUAUUAGCUGGCCCGAAAUCCGGAAGAUGGCUAUCUUUUCUGAAGACCCAUUUGACCUUCCCGUUGAGAGGGAAUAUCAGAGGAUUAUUAGUCGACAGUGA